UUUUUCUAACCUCUGCCCCAGGAUGCCUGCAGUGCUCUGCCCUUAUUUAAUCAGAAAGCCUUCUCCUCCAGCCUCCCUACUAUUUCUCUUUCUGCUCGCCGGGCUAAGCAGCACAAUAGCGCUUGGUAGAGUAAGGGCAGGGCUGGAGGGACGAGCGAGGGCUGAGGGAAGGGUUAGAUCUGGAGUAAAAAACAAAAGCGGGGACAGGGCAAGUAUUGAGGGCAACACCGAAACUGGAUUUGGAGAUAUUCGUGUUUCUAGACCAAGAGCUGCAGCAGGAGAGGAUGUUGAGGAGUGGGGGGAGCCUGAUACUACUACUGGCUACAGGUCCAUGCUUUCUAUAGGUGAGGGUGGACUAUGGGAGCCCCGCAGUUCCUCUCGCUGUGUCCCUAUACCAUCAGGCAUGGCCUUGUGCCAAAACAUUGGAUAUGACACUAUGAGGAUGCCCAACCUUCUGGGACACGAGUCUCCAGCUGAAGCUAUACAACAGAGCGCCAGCUGGUUGCCACUGCUGGCCAGAGAGUGCCACCCCGAUGCCCGCAUAUUCCUCUGCUCUCUCUUUGCACCCAUCUGCCUCGACAGGUUUAUAUCGCCUUGUAAAAGUUUGUGCGAAUCUGUACGAGACAGCUGUGCACCAAUCAUGAGUUGUUAUGGCUACCCCUGGCCAGAAAUACUGCGCUGUGACCAGUAUCCUGCAGACCACCUCAUGUGUAUCUCCUCUAUCACCAACAGCACUGUUCACACAGGGGGGCGAAGAGCACCUCAGGCAAGCUGUCGGGAUUGUGAGCUGGAAGAGGCCUCCUCUUCAAAAGACGUACUGGAGACAUUUUGUAGAAGUGAUUUUGUUCUGAAACUGCGUCUAAAACGUCUCAAGGACAGCCUAGUUAGCCUGUCUCAGUUCUCGCUGGCUGCAAAGCUGGAUGUUCUAAAGCAUGGACCACUGUUAGGAGGGGAGAUCCGGUCCCGCAUCGAGCUGUGGCUGGAGAGGGAUGCCACCUGUUUAAGGAACAUGACGCGACACCACCCACGGGGCGGGACCUUCCUGGUGACAGGCACAGUGCAGGGGGAGCGCCUGGUGGUCAUUAAGGCUUUCGCCUGGCAUAGACGACACAAGAACCUGAAGGCAGCUGCGCGCAAAUGGAAACAUCAUAGAUGCAGGAGCUAGGUUUUAUGUGCAUGGUUAGAAUUAUGACUCAAAUGAGCUGUGGAACUAGCAUUAAACAGGUAUGCAGAAAUGACAGAAAUUGAAUGAAAGGACAGCAUUUACAUUUCAACUGAAUACCUGUGAUGGUCAAUUAUGCUUGGUCUAUUAUUUAAAAAUCCAUUGUUAAC